GUGGGCCAAAGAGAGGGUCUCACCUUUAACCUGGUCAAAACAGAACUCCAACACUUCGCCAGGGGUUGGAAAAGUAACAAUCCCACCUGUUCAAUCCAAACCCCGGAGGGCACAGCAGAGAUUAAACCUCUCCAACUCAAUGAGGCCACACGAUGGCUGGGUAUCUGGUUUGACUGGAAACUCAAAUUCAGAGUACACACCCAGACACUGGCAGCCAAGGCAAAACUGGCCGCUAAUGGCAUACAAGCCCUGGCCAACACUGUACGAGGAGUUAAAGCUCCCCUACUGCGGCAAGCGACAAUUGCCUGUGUGGUCUCAGUCUUAUGUUAUGGGGCUUGUGACAACUCAUAUAUGACGGAUCAACACUGCAGCAAUGAAUGAUACAUCGCAAAUGCUGCUACUCAGCCAUGUCGCCAACAACCUCUAUAAAACCCCUUUAUCAUCUAGAUAUAUUUCCUCUUCUCUUCCCUUCUCCAGAUUUGAUAUUCUCGUCGAUGG